GUACAAACAUUCAACUAACAGAUUUCCCGGAUUGCUGGAAUCGCGCGACUCCUAAAAAAGAUCAAACAUGUCAACGUUAGGAAGGCCCACCACUCAAAGUGGCUACGAGGCAGGAAGUGUCCAUAAGGUAGGCACUGGACAAGGCCGCGAGCUAAAACUCCAUCACAUCGCCAGCCACAAUGCCGGCGAGAGUGUCAACGAAACAGAUAGAUUAACCAAAAAGUCCGUGCAAGUCACACAAAUGUAUGACGAUUCCAAACCAAAGAAAAAGUCCGAAGCCGUUCACUAUUAUUACCAGGAAACCCUUAAAGACCUACAGUACCGCUCCCAGAUUAAGGUCAUCGAGCAAGUUGCCGGAGAGGAGGUGGACAUGACGCCAAAAUCGAUUCCAAAUGACGCCUACGCAGAACAGUUCAUCAAGUUCAAUCUUAACUUCCUCCAUCAGAUGGCAAAUUUUACCACGAUGUCGUCCAAGACUGCCUCGCGAUCCCGCACGCGUUCCAGCAUGCGAGCGGGUCUGGGUGGUGGAAACAAGCAGUCCAUCGACGAUCUAAUAGGUGGAAUCAUGUACGAAACCAUCAACUUUGACCCGUAUACCUUCAAGGAAAUUCACGCGGAGCUCCGCCUGCCAAAGCCAUACACAAAAUCCUUUGUUAAAAUCACACUACGGAAGUCAGACUUCUUUGAGCUACAGAGCCAGCCCCAGACGACUGUGGCCAAGGGCUCGACGGAGGGCGACGAAGUUGAGCGGGACAAUCGCACCUACGAGUACCUAACCGUUGGCAAGGGCAAGAUUCGCCGGCGAUCGGACAAUGAUGCCCAGACGGAUUGCGUGCUGGUUACGUCACGGGCUGUGAACACUAUCCUGCUUACUCAGGAAACCGUCGGCUCGUACGUCUCCAAUUUCGAAAUGUACGACACGUUGCACAACCUAGUCAAGCCGACCUUCUCUGUGGGGACUGCGGUGACAGAUUCGCAGACGCAGCUCGACGUGGAAGAUGGUGAGAACCCCGAGGACGAAGAGGCGGUAGUAGAAGAUACAAAAAUGUCCAACCAGAUUGACAAACUGCUGAAGAGUCCAGAGUUCCGCAACGCGAUCAUGUACAUGGGCAGGGCACUUUCGAGCAACACCAACGAAGCCGGGAUGCGUCGCUACCGGAACUUUGAGCUUCCUGAUCGCUUCUGUCAGGAUGUAGAAUAUGCUUAUUCGAUGCAAUUACUCUUCCGCCUGGUUCCGGAGCCAAGCAAAGACGAGCGCAAGGCCGUCAGCGAUAUAGACUUUUGCCGCACCAAUGGCGAUAUCCUGGCCGUGGGCUACGGGUUGUAUUCGUUCUCCUCGCAACGCGUCCCUACCUCUGGCAGUGUCUUUGUGUGGAGCAUCAAGAAUCCGGGCGAGCCAGAACGUGCCUACUAUUACGACGUCCCGGUGACGGCCAUAAGCUUCUCCUCAUUCCUACCCUGCUUAUUGGCGAUUGGACUUUACGACGGGGCCGUAGAGGUGCGGGAUGUUAGUAGCUUACAGGACGUGCCGAUAGCCAUUUCACAGCGAAGCACUUCCCCCGGCUGCUCCCCAGUGGUGGCGAUCCGCUGGAUCAAACAGGUGGCUGAGGAAGACGAGGAGUGGGACAUCGACCCAUUCCUUAGCCUUUCUCAGGAUGGCUCUGUGACCCGUUUCCGCAUCAUCAAAAGUCCUUUCCUCCUGGGCUUUACUCAGAUGACACUGGAACGCGUCGAGGGCCAUUCCGAGGGCAUCUAUGUGGCGCCGUCCUCCCGCAUUCCCUGCGAGUCCAACCGUCACCCCCAAGGCCUAAGCAUCACCACCCAUCCGCUGCAGAAGGAUAUUUACUACGUCCUCACCGACGAGGGCUGCAUCCACAAGUGCUCUAUUAACUACCAGCAUCAGUACCUCGAGGUGCUACGCUGCCACGACGGUGGAGUCACAGUAAUGGAGUUCUCGCCUUGGUCGCCGAAGAUCUUUCUCACCUGUGGCAACGACUGGUGCGUCCGCAUAUGGAUCGAUGGAAUAACGCGCCCUCUGCUGGAGCUUCAGGACGAGAUGACACCUGUACACUGGGCCAAGUGGAGUCCCACUCACUCGACAAUCAUUGUUUCCAUCAAUCGGGAAACCGCUAACAUUUGGGACAUUCGCCGGAAUCUCUUGCGGCCUAUGGCUAAGCACAAGAUGGACUCUUCUUUCAACACAGUGGCCAGGUUCUCCCACUGUGGUCGCUCCUUGGUGAUUGGAAACGAGAGGGGCAACACGAUCUUCAAUGCCCUCGACGACAUGCCCUUUUCUCCUCACUUCCAGUACGAUGAACUGGAGAAGGCCAUGUACAAGGCCAUAGGCAAUGACCACGAGCUAAUCAUGGAACUGAAGAGCAUAGGAUUCUUCGGCUAUCCUAAUAAGUCGGCUGUGUUUUAG